GUGGCGUGACGUCAGGAGUAUUCAAGUCAAAAGAGGGAUGGCGGGUAAGGUCAUGACUCGUGGUGGGAUUGUAAACAAUGGGGGGUGCAAGAAAAGAUUAAUAUGUCACUUUCCCGAUUUUUCUCAGUUAAGUUUUGUUCAAGAAUAAAAAGUCAACAAACAGCAGAGCAAACGUAAAACAGGGUUGACUAUAAAGCAUGGAAGCAGACAAAAUAAUUCAAAGUGUGUUAUUUGACUUCAUUAAAUCGCAUAUCUCUAAUGCAGAUCUCAGCACAAUUGAUGAUGUCAUUCUGUCCUAUAUCACUGGUGUUCUUGAAGAUCUAGGAUCUCCAGAAAGAGAGGAGGAAUCUUUUGAUGUUGAGAUGCUUGUAGAAAUGCUCGAAGCCUACGUGCCUGGGUUUGCUGAAAUUGAAAGUGUUCAUGUAUAUGAGAUGAUGAUUAAAUUGGCAGAAACACUGGCUUCCACCCGAGAAAAAGGAAACAGCACUCCAAAGUCAAAAUCUGAAAAUAAUCUAAGCAAAGACUGUGUUCCAAGUGUGGAUGAUGAAGACAGAUGUAAUCAAAAAACUGCAUUAAUCAAUUCAAGUGGAGCAACAGCAAAGGAAGCCUUCAGCAAGGAGGAUGAGCAAGUGCAACUGCUUUUAGAAAUGUUUCCUGCAUGCUCAGUGAAGGAAGCCCAAACAGCACUUUGUAUUGCAAAAUGGGAACUUGAGGAAGCCGUGCACCUGUUAAUAGCAGGAGAUGUUGAGCUCAGUGGGAACACUUCUUCUAAGUCUUCUUCUCCACCACGGGAUGAGACACUGAAAGCUGGCAUUCUAGAAAAGUACAUGCUGAUGGAUGAUGAUGACAACAAAAUCCACAGGCCCUUUAUUCCUAAAGAGGCACCUAAAAAAUUAGUACGCUAUUUGGACAAUCGUGUUGUUAGCACUAAGGGGGAACGCUACCAGCAGAUUAAGAAAGAAGAGAGUGAAGAUCUGAAAAAAACAUACAUCAACCUGAAGCCUGCAAGGAAAUACAGAUUUCAUUGAUGGACUUGGCCUAACAAUUUUUUUUUAAGCUCCUGAAAAUGUUAAAUACUGAAGAUUUCUACAUUUUAUGAAUUAUGUCAAAUAUAUUAUGUAUAAUGUUUGUUAGAUCAAAUUGUAAUAUGAUGUAAUAACUGCUUGGGUGGUAGUCUAAAAUAAAAAAAAUGUAUUUGAAAAGUUUUGUAAA